AUGUUGAGACAGCAUAUUGUUGUGCAUACGAAAGAAAAGCCUUAUGUUUGCGAGUAUGUUUAUCAAAAUGAUGUUUUUCAAAAUGGUGUUCGUUGCGACAAGAGCUAUACUCAGUUGCAUAGGCUUGAAAAACACAAGCAAACACAUGCAGCAGAAAGAAUUAUUUAUAAAUGUGCUCACCCAUCUUGCGCUAAAGUAGUUAAUUAUAUUUUUUUAAAUAAGAGUUUUUUAUUGGGAAUGAGAUACUCCAAUAUUGAAUUAGCUUCUUGGGAUUAUUGUAUUUGUUAA